AGUUGAAUUGACAUUACAGGAAAUUAGUAUGGGGAUACAUUGUCGUGGAGCUGGAUCUGAUACAUUGUAUUGAUCACACUGUCGGUAAACACAACUCGCUUUGAUAAAGCUGGAAGAGGCAGGAUUUCAGCCCACCACCUGCGCAUCAGGACGGGCUAGAGGCCAUGUCUACAGUGGUGGAUCUCAAGACAAAGGAGGAGAAGGAUGCAGAGCUUGACAGACGGAUCGAGGCUCUGCGCAAGAAGAAUGAAGCUCUGGUCCGGAGGUACCAGGAAAUAGAAGAGGACAAAAAGAAGGCGGAGCAAGAGGGGAUUGCCGUGAAGACGCACCCACCCAGGAAGGGCCGCCCUCACGAUGGCCCGCCAGAGGGAGACAGAUGGAGGACAGAGAAAGAGAGCUUCACUGUCACCGUAGACCUCUCCAAACCUGCAGGGGAGAAACGGGUGAUCAAUGACUGGAAACAAGGGCCACCUCGAGGCAGGCGGGACUCUGAAGAGGGAGACGGCCCCAGAGCCCAAGGUGAAAGCCCUCCGCUGAGGGCCGGGUCCGGGCGGCUCAGCAGGGGUGGACAGAGAGGGGGAGGACCACGGCAGGAGAGGAGAGAGCAACGCCCUGACAGACCCCUAGCAGACCCACGCCAGGCCCAUGACAGACCACCCAGAGAGGACAGGGGUCCACGAGAGGACAGGGGUCCUCCACGAGAGGACAGGGGUCCAGUCAUGGAGGGGCCAGGAGAGGGGCCCGGCCGCAGUGAACGUGCUCCACGCGGAGGACGGAGAGGAAGAGGAGGCCGAGGAGGACGAGAAAGAGAAGAAGGAGGAGGACCACAGGGUGGUGACAGGAAGUCUAAGGAGUGGGAGGAGAAAAGGAGGCAGAACAUUGAGAAGAUGAACGAGGAGAUGGAGAAGAUUGCAGAGUAUGAAAGAGGACAAAGGCCUGCCGAGGGAGACAAGCCCAUCCGUAACUUCCUGGAUGACCCGCGGCGCUCCGGCCCAGUCCCGGACAUGGACCGCAAGGAGGGCAGCCGCCGACAUGUCCGAAACUGGGGUGGAGUAGAUUUUGACAAUGUGAAGACGGGAUCUGAGCUGGAGAAGGAGUGGACAAGUCGGAGACCAGGAGGCCCUAAGGGCUCCAUGGAUAUGACCAUGUCUAUGACGGGCCGGGAGCGUGCCGAGUACCUCCGCUGGAAGAAGGAGCGUGAGGAGAUUGACGAGGAGCGUCUGGCCAGGCACAGGAACGCCACGGGCCAGUGGAGACGGGAAUGGGAUGCCCAGAAGACUGAUGGCUUGUUUAAGGAGGACCCAGCUGUCGCUGCAGAGGCCAUGCUGCCAGACCAGGGAGGCAGAAGAAGAGACGAGGUGAAGGCGCCUCCCAAGGUGCCCACGUUCGGAGACUUCCUGGGGCAGGGUAGAGGACCCAGGGAGGGGGGCCGUGGAGAGCGGGGGAGGGGACGAGGACAGAGACAGAGCUACAGCAUGCACGAUAACCGCUGGGAGGCGGAGAAGGAGGAGGACGGGGAGAAGGAGGAGGACAGGGAGAAAGAGAAGGAAGACAAACCCAAGAAGGAGGAGAAGACUCGGAAGGAGGAAGCGAAGCCCAAAGCUCCCUCAUCACAAAAGAUGGAGGAGAAGAGUGGUGACGCAGAGGAGGAUGAGGAUGAGUGGGAGGAUGCCAGCGACGAAGAGGACGAUGAUAUGGACGUGGUUGAUGACUCAGAGGGAGACGUUGAGGGGGAUGAGGAAGGGAAAGACGGACAGUCCCCGACGAAGGCACCUCGCUCAGAAACCACAGCAGGGAAGCCCGCCGCCACCUCACCUCCUCCCUCCACUCCCCCCUCCGCAGCCAGUCCUAAAGAGCAGCGCACCCCGAGGCCCAAGGUCUACAUCCCCUCCCAACAGGAGGCUCAGGACUCCCCCGCUGGCCCCAAGCCCCUCAGCCCCUUCUCUCCCCUGGACGGCCACCAGCCGGUCACAGACUGGGGGGAGGAGAUGGAGAUGCAGUCCCCCCGGAGCAGUAUGGGGGAGAACCACCUGAAACCGCCUAGCACUGAGGGAAGCCCUGCCCAGGUUAAGGUCCAAGAAGACAACCGCAACUCCAGCCCCAGCCCAACCCCCAGUCCCAGCAAGCCAGCAGAGCCAGAGAAGGAGAGGGACACACGGACAGUUGUGGUCACUGCUGCUCCACCGGAGGAGACUCUGAUCCAGGAAAUAACUCCUGUAUCAUCAUCAUCAUCAUUAGAACUUGUCUCUACCCCCACUGACCUCCCAGAGAAAGAGGAGACCACCACCACUCCACCAGCCCAGGAGACACCUGCUACCCCCACAGAGGAUGAGGAGGAGACCCCUGCCGCCACUCUUGCCCCUGUCCUGGUGAUUGACCAGAGCCUGUCUGAGCUGGCCACUGCCCCAGAGAUGGCCCCAGACACCUCGGAACAGUCAUCUUCAGGCUGAGAGCUGCUCUGGGAAACUGACUUUUCAGUGCUAGUGGUUCACAGAUGAUGGUAGGAUGAGGGGAGAAAAUAAUGACAAGAAGAAAGGAAACCGGGCCUCGCACACCAUGACUGGAGCAGCCAUCACAGACAUCCUGGAGGGACGUGGCCAGGCACCUGGCCUCCAAACAUCUCCUCAAUAAUCAGACCACAUAUGUUCUGUACUGUUUGACUCUGAGCUGCAAGUUGCAUAGAAUAGUGAUACUGCCAUUCAUCUGAGCCACUAUGGUAAAUGGCUUAGGUUUUAUAGCAGCCAAUUAGGAUGUUACUGUGAUGUCAAGUCAACAAAGCCCCAACUUGUUUUUACCUUUUGAUAUAUGUGUAUGAUUUAACAAAUCAUAUUAUUACAUUUAGCGAAGACUCACAAAUAUGAAAUUCUCACCUCAAUUGUUCAACCGUAGCAUUUUUGUUUUUUAAACUCCACCUCUUUUGAAAGGUCAAAGAGACUGUUAUGCCUCUUCAACAUGGCAAAAAAAUACAUAUUUGAAAUGCUAACAGUUGAAAGAGCAUUCUCCUCCCUCAAUAUAGACAGCUUAUUGACUACAGUUUAUCCACAUUUGUUUUAAUAGCCCUUACUUUAAAGAUUCCCAAGACCCCCCAACCCACCCAAAACUGUCCUCACCUGUUUGCCUGUAAAAGCUGAAUUAAUGUUUGAAUGUUAUUGGACAUUAUGUUUGUGUCCCAAAUAUCACUCUAUUUCUAUAUAGUGCCCUACCUUUGAGUCCUAUGAGCCAUGGUCAAUAGUAGUGCACUAUAGAGGCAAUAGGGUGCCAUUUGCGACACAAACCCUCUCUUUGUGGAGUUUGUAUGGUUAGGGUUUGGUCCCCUUUAUCCUUAACUCAAUACAUUUUAGUUGUAUUUUGUCAUGAAACAAAUCAUGUGAACAAAUUUAAGCCAUGGCAUUGAAAAAUGUACAUUAUGUUUCCUAAUAAUCAUGUAACAAAGUUGGUUUAGAUUUGGGACCCCAAGAGGAGUAUAGUUAAAAUGAUAUUAGUUUAUUUUUAAGUGAGAUGCACUGUACUUAACCAAGCACAGGCAUAAAGUGACCCUGACAAUGUUUGUUAAUAACCAUCCAAAGCUUUUCUUUCGUUUCUCAUUUGCGAUAGAUUGCUAGUGGCCUUUCUAGUUUUAAUCGAGGGGCAUCAGAACAUGUACCUCAACAGACCAAGAUUUAGUUUCGAUUUUUAAGUCUCGUUGGCUUUUUUUUAGCCUACUCUUGGUCAUGAACUCAAUCUGGCUCACCUAUAAUGAACACGAGCACAGAUAUUGAACUAUGCUUUAAUUUUCAUUUCUUGAAAAGGAAUUAAGAGUUUAAAUGAAUUGAAUGGAUCAAGAACUCAAGGAAAUGCAAUAUGUAGUUUAGUAUUUUGAAUUCCAACUAAACAUUCCAAUGUUUUGUGUGGGAAAAAAAGGCAUCUAUUUUUGUUCUUUGUGAUUUGCAUUUGGAUAUCCUCAUUCUUUUCCGUUUCUGAUGACUUAGUGAUUUUAUUACAAGCAUCACAUUUUCCUGCACUUCUAAAAUAUCUGCGUUUGAAUAUAAAACUACAUCAUUUGGGUGUGUUUUUGGAGUGGAGUGUAACUGGCCUGUCUAAACUAGCAUGAUCUGAAAUUCAAUACUUUUUUUAUCUGUUGAUUACCAUGAAUUAGUUUUUAUCCCAAGAUAUUGACACUUUAAUCAAUCAAGCAGAAGAUUACAUUCGAUAGCUUUUUCUUUAAGUAUUAAAUUGUGAUUUGGCAGGAAAUUCAUUGGUUCAUACGCAAAUGUACAAGAUAAAAUGUGUUCUGUUUAUUUUGCUUCUUAGUUUUCAUAUCAAAUAAAUGUAUGGUGGUCAGGUC